AUGGCCGAGAUCGACACCCUCGAUCUCGUCGUCCUCGCUGCCAUUCUUCUCGGUACUGUCGCCUACUUUACCAAGGGCAAGUAUUGGGGCAUCGUCAAGGACCCCUACGCCACCGCCUUUGCCAAUGCCAACGAUGCGAGGGCCGGCCGCACGAGGAAUAUCGUCGAGAAGAUGGAAGAGUCCGGCAAGAACUGCGUCAUCUUCUACGGCUCCCAGACCGGCACGGCCGAAGACUACGCUUCCCGCCUCGCCAAGGAGGGCAAGAGCCGCUUCGGCCUAGACACCAUGGUCGCUGACCUGGAGGACUACGACUUCGACAACCUCGACACCGUCCCCGCCGACAAGAUCAUCAUGUUCGUCCUCGCCACCUACGGCGAAGGCGAACCGACCGACAACGCCGUCGACUUCUACGAGUUCAUCAACGCCGACGACGUCACCCUGUCCGAAGGCAACGACCCUGCCCUCGGCAACCUCAACUACGUCGCCUUUGGCCUCGGCAACAACACGUACGAGCAUUACAAUUCCAUGGUGAGGAACGUGGACAAGGCUCUCCGGAAGCUCGGCGCCCACCGCAUCGGCGACGCCGGCGAGGGAGACGACGGUGCCGGCACCAUGGAGGAGGACUUUCUGGCCUGGAAGGAUCCCAUGUGGGCCGCACUCGCUUCCAAGAUGGGCCUCGAAGAGCGCGAGGGCGUCUACGAGCCCAUCUUUGGUCUCGUCGCGCGCGAGGGCCUGACCCCCGACUCCGCCGAGGUCUACCUCGGAGAGCCGAACAGGAUGCACCUCGAAGGCACCGCCAAGGGUCCCUUCAACUCCCACAACCCCUACAUUGCCCCCAUCGGCGAGUCGCGCGAGCUUUUCUCCACCAAGGAUAGGAACUGCAUCCACCUGGAGAUCGACGUCAGCGGCUCCAACCUAACUUACCAGACGGGUGAUCACAUCGCCGUUUGGCCCACCAACCCCGGUCAUGAGGUCGACCGCUUCCUCGACAUCGUCGGUUUGACCGAGAGGAGAAACGACGUCGUCAGCGUCAAGGCCCUCGAGCCUACCGCCAAGGUUCCCUUUCCGACCCCCACGACGUACGACGCCAUUGUCCGCUACCACCUCGAGGUCUGCGCCCCCGUCUCGCGCCAGUUUGUCUCGUCCCUCGCCGCCUUCGCGCCCAGCGACGAGAUCAAGGCCGAGAUGAUGAGGCUCGGCAACGACAAGGAUUACUUCCACGACAAGACUGCCCCUCACUUCUUCAACAUUGCCCGCCUCCUGGCCUCUGUUGGCAAGGGCGCGAAGUGGACUAAUAUUCCCUUUUCGGCUUUCAUCGAAGGCCUCAACAAGCUUCAACCCCGCUACUAUUCCAUCUCCUCGUCCUCGCUCGUGCAGCCAAAGAAGAUUUCCAUCACCGCCAUCGUAGAGUCUCAGCUGAUUCCCGGCCGCGAUGAGCCGUUCCGAGGUGUGGCGACCAACUACCUGUUUGCCUUGAAGCAGAAGCAGAACGCAGACCCCAAACCCGAAUCCUUCGGCCUCAGCUAUGCGCUGAGCGGGCCCCGCCACAAGUACGACGGCAUCCACGUGCCCGUCCAUGUGCGCCACUCCAACUUCAAGCUGCCGUCCGACCCGGGCAAGCCCAUCAUCAUGAUCGGGCCGGGCACUGGCGUCGCGCCCUUCAGGGGCUUCAUUCAGGAGCGAGCCCGCCAGGCUCUCGACGGUGUCGAGGUGGGCCGAACCAUGCUGUUCUUCGGUUGCCGCAAGCGAACCGAUGACUUCAUGUACGAGUCAGAGUGGGCGGUAAGUCAAUCAAUCCAAGCACCCUCCUCGGUGGCCGCUUGA